CAUUUUUACAGACAGCCAGUAAGGUAGACAGACAGUCCCAUGGUUAUUCAUUAUUUGCCAGGUAAUUGGUUAUUGAUUAUUCCCAGUCUUUUUGUCAGUGUCUGACAGGAAUCGAACUAUAGGAACAUUUUUCCAAAGCUGCUCUCAGAAUGGAGGAUUUAUCCCAAGAAAACACGUGUAAGGGAAAAAAUCAGAUCAAAUCAGACAGAUCACCUUCUCCAGCUGUGCGUAGCGUUGACUCAUGCUGCGGAUCUUGGCUGAAACGUGUCAAGCUCUGGAUACCAGUGGAAUACAAGAAUGAAACAGUUCACUUUCUAAAACUUUCAGGACCUGUGUUUAUUUCACAGUUGAUGAGCUUCCUGAUUGGUUUCGUCAGCAUGGUGUUCUGUGGUCACCUGGGGAAAACAGAGCUGGCAGGGGUGGCUUUAGCCAUAGCGGUGAUAAAUGUCACAGGCAUUUCCAUUGGCAGUGGUUUGGCAUCUACAUGUGAUACUCUUAUCUCCCAGACCUACGGGAGCGGAAACCUGAAGCGUGUAGGUGUGAUCCUUCAGCGAGGAGUUCUGAUCCUGCUCCUGGCCUGUUUUCCCUGCUGGGCCGUCCUGAUUAACACUCAGCUCAUUUUGGUAGCUGUCAGGCAGAGCCCAGAAGUUGCCAGACUGUCACAGCUGUAUGUGAAGAUCUUUAUGCCGGCUCUGCCAGCUGCCUUCAUGUACCAGCUGCAGGGGAGGUAUCUACAGAAUCAGGGCAUCAUGUGGCCACAGGUGAUAUCUGGAGCUGUGGGGAAUGUUUUAAAUGCAAUCAUAAACUACAUCUUCCUGACCCUUUUAGACCUGGGGGUUGCUGGAUCAGCAGCAGCCAAUGCAAUCUCACAGUAUUGUUUGGCUGCGUUCCUGUUUGUCUACAUCUGCAUCAGAGGUCUGCACAAAGCUACGUGGGAUGGUUGGUCUGUAGACUGUCUGCAGGAGUGGGGCUCAUUCCUCCACCUUGCCAUUCCCAGCAUGCUGAUGUACUGUUUGGAGUGCUGGCUGUAUGAAGUGGCAGCCUUCCUGGCCGGCAUCGUCAGUGAGGUGGAGUUAGGAGCUCAGUCCAUAGUUUAUGAACUGGCUGCUAUCGUUUACAUGUUCCCAUUAGGCUUCUCCGUGGCUGCCAGCAUUCGUGUUGGAAAUGCUCUUGGUGCCGGGAAAACAGAACAAGCCAAGCUGUCGAGCAAGGUCGCCAUCACUGCCACAUGCAUCGUCUCGUGUUUCAUUGGAUUAUGUCUUGGUUUUUCCAAGGAUGUGAUUGGUUACAUUUUCACUUCAGACAUAGAAUUGAUUCAAAGAGUGGCCGACAUCAUCCAGAUGUACAGCUUCAUCCACGUUGCUGAGGCCGUUGCGGGUGUAACAGGAGGUAUUGUCAGGGGAGCAGGGAAACAAAGCGUCGGUGCAGUGUGUAACCUGCUAAGUUUUUACUUCAUUGGGCUUCCUAUUGGGGUAUCUCUGAUGUUCCCUGUAAAAAUGGGCAUAUUAGGAGUAUGGUUUGGGUUUUUAACCAGUCUCUCCAUACAGUCUGUGUUCUUUUCAGUUUUCCUGUGGAAACUGAACUGGAGAAAAGCUACUGAAGAAGCGCUGAAAAGAGCAGGAGUUCAACUCCAAGGGCAGAAGAUUUCUGCAGUAGAAAGUGAAGCGAGUGUUUCUGGUGAGGAGCCAGCCCCCAUAGAGACCAGUCUAUCAAUUUCCUUGACUCCAGUUAAGGUAAAUGAUGAAGCAGUCGCUGCGGAUCAACCUGCGUCAAGUGACGUGCGUCUCUCAGUCAGGCAGCUGCUGGUACGACGUGGAUUCGCUCUGCUGCUCAUGUUUGUCAUCCUCACCACUGGAGUUCUCAUCAGUGAGUUCCUCAUCAAUGUGCUCUAGUUACAUGACUGACCAGUGUUAGACCACACGAGUGCAAUUGCUUGUCUUCUGAGUCGGUGGUUAGUGGACGGUUCAUAGCUGCUUCAGAAAAAUUGAAUUCAAAACAAGUUAUUUUCUUUUUUUCUCUUUUUUUUUUAGAUACUAUACUAUAUUGUUUCCCAAAGUUUUUUUGGGGUUGUCUCGCAUCAUGUUUCUCAGGAGUUUAUAAACAAUGUCUAUCAACUUGGGUCACAAAUGUUUGUGACUUUCAAAAUAUGGGUCCCCAGAAAAAAGUUUGGGAAAUACUGGUAUAUUAUCACUGAAUCACGUGAAGGUCCUCUAGAAAUUAUCUGCCAACCUUUUUUUUUACUGGAAGACAUUAGCCAUAAAAACACAUAUUAUUCUUAUAAUCUGGGCUUCAAAUGUAUUAAUUGUGAUAAAUAAUUAAUAACAUUAAUUAUGUUAUAUUGAAAUAAAUUCCAAAUGCAUUCUUCCGCAUAGGUAGAGCGAGACUGAAUAUCCCAUGAUUUCACUGUCCAUCCAUUUAUGAUAAUGAUUUUUCUUUUCAUCUCACUGGAUCUCAUUUUUAAUGAUUCAGAUGUCUUACUUUAAUGGCCAUUUUUAACCAAUUUAAAAGCCUUUAAAAGCUAUAAUUUGCUUGGAAUGUAAGAGGAAAUAAAAGAAAUCCUGUAACACAUGCUGUGGGAAAAAGAGCCCUGGUGACAGUGUCAGACAAUGUCAAAUAUUCCACAUUCCUGCAGUACUUAUUCAGAAUAGAUGCCAUAAUUAGGAAAAAAAACAUAAUUAACAGCUAUAUAUAUAACACUUGUGGGUGUCUGCUCUCAUCAUCAAAGAGAGAAAAGACAGGGUUUUUUUCUCCCACUUUGAUCUGCGUUGCCAAAUUUGAUGAUAAUGAAAGGUCUGUGCGCUCAUGCUGCAAAAUGCUGGCUGGAUGAAGACGCGUCAAACUGAGCAAAUCAACCACCUGUUUACUCCGUGCCAGAGAUGUUUAAGAUGCUUCUCAGUUACAGCCUCAUCGCUUAGCUUAUUGUAGCACC